ACCCACUUCCGGUUGUCCUCCCGCUUCGGCGGCGGUGUGUCCCGGUUCUGGAUGUGUUCGGUGUGUCGGUCUGACCCACUAUCUGUGACCGAACCGGGUCUGGGGUCCAGGGUAUGAACACAAGGUAGGAAGUGCGCAUGUGCGGUGGGCUGUUGUUCCGCCGUCCCCUUUCCUUCGGACUCAAAGCCCUUUUGUUUUGGUGUUAGCAGUGGCUAGGCUAAUGCUAAUAUAGCUAGCAAACAAGCUAGGCGGCUACAUGGGCAUCGGUGUGGAGGACACCCCCGGAGCCCCGCGGACUGAGGCCGAGCGGCGCCGGGCGGAGGAGCCUCCGGGGCGGAUGGAAAGCGCGGGUCCGUCUGCGGGGGGAGCCGAGGACGGAACGGGCUACGGACGGCUCUCCGUCCGCCGGAGCGUGCGAGGAGCCAGGACCGACCGGCUGACCCGGACCCUGGGAACCCCGCACCGGGACCCGGUCCGACCCGGACCGAACCCGUCCGUGUUAGUUCGGCGGUUCCUGUUCCACAGCCACUUCCGGAGGCCGGGUCAGUCCGUGGCUCAGUUCGCGGCGGAACUGAAGCAUCUGUCGGACCAAUGCGGGUUCGGGUCCGCCCUGGACGACGCGCUCCGGGACCGGCUGGUGUGCGGGCUGGAGGAGGAGGCCCUGCAGCGCCGCCUGCUGGAGGAGGACGGCCCGCUGAGCUUCGACCGAGCCCUGGACAUUUCACUGGAGAUGGAGGCGGCGGGACACGUGAGGGACCUGCACAACGGAACCGGAACCGGAACUGGACGGAGGGCAGUGGCGGUGCUGCACGUGGUCAGAGACGUCGAUCAUCUGUUGGUGGUUAAAGACAAGGUUCCCCAUGAGCAGAUCUGGAACCCUUGUCUGGACCAGAGCCAGAACCCCGGUCUGGACCAGAGCCAGAACCCCGGUCUGGACCAGAGCCAGAAUCCUGGUCUGGACCAGAGCCGGAACCCCGGCCUGGACCAGAAGGACUCGGAGCCGACCCCCAUUAAAGAGGAGAAGGAGGCGUCGUGGAGCCGGGUGGAGGGAGGACGCCUUCGGUGUGUGAUGCAGCACAUCCCAGUGUUAGACAGUCUUGCAGACUUGGAGCAGCUGUGGGCGCUUAAACACCACGUCCCCCCAGAGCAGAAGGACCCGAGGCUCAGUCUGGACCAGGACCAGGAGGAUCCGGAUCCACCCGGAAUCGAAGAGGAACCAGAGACGCUGUACACCGUUAAGGACCGAGAACAGGACCAGAGCCCCAUCCUGGUUUUAGAAUGUCCUGCAGACAUGCAGCAGCUUUGGGCCGUUAAUGAAGACGUCCCCCCAGAGCAGGACCCGAGACCUGGUCUGGACCAGGACCAGGUGCGUCCAGGUCCAGCCCUCAUUGAAGAACAGGAGGAACCCUGGACCGGUCCAAGUCUGAAGGACGCUGACAUGGACUGUGGAGGACUGGCCCCCCCACAUCUGGAGGACAGUGGAGGACCGGCCCCCCCACAUCGAGGUCUGGGAGGCGGACCCAGACUGGGCUGCUCCAAUGGGCUGAGGAGUCACAUGAUGGCCCACUCAGCAGAGGACGGCCACGUGUCGAGUUUUAGCCACGCCCACCAUGUGACAUCAUACCCCCACGUCCACACACUAGAGAAACCCUACGGCUGCUCAGCAGGUGAGAACAGUUUAAGGCCAAAAAUUUAUUUGCGGAAGUGUUUGAUAAAUGAGACAGGAGAACCGAACUUUGUCUGUUCAGUUUGUGACAAAAUAUUUGUUUCUAGGAAAAACUUAAACGAUCACAGAAGAGUUCACGCAGAAGGGAAACCGUACGCUUGUCCAGUAUGUGGCCACGGCUUUUAUGUGAAGUCGUCAGUGAAUAGACACAUGAUGUCGCACACAGAAGGGAAACUGUACGCUUGUACUGAGUGUGGGAAAAAGUUUCCAACCAAAGCAGAACUGACCGGUCACAGCCGAAGCCACAUCGGAGAGAAACCAUACUGUUGUUUUGAGUGCGGCCUGAGGUUUUCCAAAGCCUAUUCAUUAAGGAGACACAUGAUGUUACACACGGGAGAGAAACCCUACAGCUGUUCGAUAUGUGAGAAACGCUUUCGACAGGCGGUUCAUUUGAACGUACAUAUGACCAAGUUCCACAGGUCCAAGAAAAAGGUCCAAGUGUGACACGUUCAAUGCACCAGUUCAUCCGGGACUGAAAGGAGGGCGUGUCCUCCAGACACUUUAGCUCCACCCCCCUAUGAACCAGACCUGGAUCAGCUGACCCACACCGUUGUUCUGGAGAACCACCCGAUGUUUCCUUUGCAUUUAUAGAUGUUUGGGGAUUCGUUCGGUGUCAGAUUUCUUUCUAGCUCGUUUCUGGACGUUGACACUUUUCACACCCGUCUGUUCAUGAGUGUUCUUUAAACGUGCCUUUAUGACAAUGGUUGGAUUUAUUUUGGUACAAAUUUUGGAUUAGAUUUUAAAUGGAAUCACUGGGUAGGUAUUGCACAGGAUGGGUGUGGUUAUUAUUAAGCCCUGCCUUCUUUUUCUCACUUUUUUUAUUAAUCUUUUCUAAUUUUAUGUUUGUUUGUUUGUUUUAUAUGUAUUUACCACGGGACGAUGUCUACAAAGUUUGUUCACAGUUUUGAAUAAACUUGAUUUUUGAUGAAGUUUGAACUAAUGUACUUGGUUCUUUGUUACUGGUAUUAUUUAGACAAAUGUGGUAUAUGAUAUUCUGUUCAUGUUUUCUUAUAUUCAUCAUUUAAUAGUUCUUAUAGAUUUUUUUGUAGUUUUGUUUUUUUCUCUCUUCUGCCCAGUUUUACUCAGUUCUUUUUCCAGUUCUUGUUACCAUUCUAAUAGUCUCCAUGGUUGUUACUGUUUGUAUUGUUGAUAUUUUCUUGUGACGGUCUGUGCCACCGUCUUCUCUCUUGCCCCCCCCGUGUCAGGUCUGGCAUUGAAAUGUGGUUCAACUACACUCAUAAAAAAAACAAAAACAAAAGAUUCACUGGGUAGGCUUUGCACCAGAUGGGUGUGGUUAUUAUUAAGCCCCGCCUUCUUUUUUCUCAUGUUUUUUAUGACUCUUUUCUAAUUUUGUAUG